CGUCGGGGUCGACGCGAGGGGUGACGCCCGCAGCGGGUCGGUGUGGUGGUGCGGGUGUAGCCCCGGUGGAAUGUGCGCGUUGUGAGCGAGCCGCGCGCUGGGAGUCGACGCCCUGGGACCGUCUCUGAUGAGAGAUGGCGCUGGUGCUGCUCCCCUGUGACCUCCCGACGUGGGCCACUGUACAGCGGCACCUGGCCCGGGCCAAGGACGCCCACAACGCCGAACAGCUGAUCGAUGUCAUGCACAAGCUGCACAACCUGUGCAACGUCGGCCUUGACCCCAGCGACGACCCGGCGGACCCGAGUCGGUUUGACGGGCUGCAGCUGUACAUCAGUCAGCUGGCGCCGGCGGAGCGUACCAAGCUCUUCCGCAGCACGCUGCCGUGCAUGGUCAACUACGCGCUCAAGCUGAGGAUCCUCAAGCCGCCCGAGGGGCUUCAAUACAGCCUCCAGCAGCAAGGUGGGCACGGACGCCCCGUUCUGCGCGCGACGUUGCUCAUACGCCGCGCGCCGGCCGGCACGUCUUCCCCUCUCUAA